AUGAGUGGCGCUGACAAGAGCCUGCUGGACCGCCUGAGCGCGUUAAAGGGCGGCAGCCCUGGCGUCUCAUUAGACCGAUCAUCAAAUGCCCUGAACAUUUCCCUUGCUGGCAUCGAGCCGGCCAAACCCCCAUCGCGUGAGGAUGCACUGGCCGCUCGACUUCGCUCAUUAAGAAAUACACCCGAGCGCGAGCUGCCACCUCCCAAGGUUCCAGCCCCGGAGGCACCGGCAUCUCAGCAGGCCAUUGCUGGCCGCGGAGAAACUGCAAGCUUAUCGCCGACAAUCCUCUCCCGUGGUACCCAUAACACGACACCGCCUCAGUCCCAAGUAACGCCGUUCAGCGCGCCGCUCUCGGGGUCGGUGGAUGACGUCGAUCCCCUCCUACAGACAGAUGACCAAACACUCGAAGAUCUUCUCAGUGACGAGGAUCACCCACUGGAUUCGGACCCGCAUCAAUGGAGCUUUGAUCCAAAGGCUGAGUCCGCCAAGGUGGCCGCUCUUCUAGAAGAACUCUCGAAAGCCUCACCCGGCCAGCAUGCCCCAUAUCAGCAGGGUACCACGGAAAAAGGCAAGGAACAAAAUUCCCGAGACACCAAUAAUAACGAGGAUGAUUCAGACGGUGAAGAGAUGACCCGAGAGGCGGAGACCUUACUCUCCCAGGCUCUCGAUGAGGCGAAACUCAACUCUCAGCCUCAUGAUGUGCCUGACCCGCCAGCCUUGUUGGGCAAAAGCCAAGGUACUACGAGCGAGACGAGUCCCAGGGAAACACGGGGAGAUCGACAAGAUGACGGCGAUCUAAGGCUCUCCCUUCCGUCGGUUCCUUCGACCAUCGCAGCUCCAAAGAAUAUUGAUGAUACUGACGACUUGCCUGGCCUGUCUCUGCCUUCUGUCCCAUCGGGCCAGCCAAAACAUGACGCUGGUUCGGAAUUUGACAACGAUAUUGCUGCGCGUAUGGCUGCCCUCAGCGGCCUCAGUGGUCAGUCCGACGAGGGUAUGGGCUUACCUUCCGUGCCCACCUUUCAGCCCGCCGAUCGGGCAGUCAAGCGGCUGACUUCCAAGACCGGCUACACUGAUGAGGAUGCCGAAACAUGGUGCACCGUCUGCCUGGAAGAUGCUACACUGCAGUGUUUGGGCUGUGAAGACGUUUAUUGCGUGCGCUGCUGGCAUGAGAUGCACGUUGGAUCUGCUGCUGCUUUUGACGAUCGUACCCACAAAGCAGUGCAGUUCGUCAAGCCCAAAAAGGAUAAACAAAAAAAAGUUGCCUUAGGAGCAUCAUGA